AUGGCUGUUUCGUCAAGUAGGUCAAAUCGCAAAAGAGUUCUACUCAAAGUAAUAAUUUUAGGUGAUAGUGGAGUUGGGAAGACAUCACUAAUGAACCAGUAUGUCAAUAAGAAGUUCUCAAUGCAAUAUAAAGCAACUAUUGGUGCUGAUUUCCUAACAAAAGAUAUCGUAAUUGACAACAAAUUAGUAACUUUGCAGAUUUGGGAUACUGCAGGCCAAGAAAGAUUUCAAUCACUGGGAGUUGCUUUUUAUAGAGGAGCUGACUGUUGUGCUCUAGUCUACGACAUGACCAAUCCAAAAUCUUUUGAUGGGUUAGAAGCCUGGAGAGAGGAAUUCUUGAUACAAGCUGCACCUAAAGAUCCUAAUUGCUUCCCUUUUGUAGUAAUUGGGAAUAAAUUAGACUUAGAUCAGAAAUCAAGAAAAGUAAGCUCACAAAGAGCCUUAGCAUGGUGUAAAGGUAAACAUAUUCAAUAUUUCGAAACAUCUGCUAAGAAUGCUACGAAUGUUGAUGAAGCAUUUGAAGAGAUAGGACGUAGAGCACUAAGUAGAGAAACAACUGAUGAACAAGCUUAUUUUCCUGAACCACUCACAUUGAAUAAUCAGAACCAACAAGAAUUUGGGCUUUCAGGAUGCUCAUGCUAA